GAUACCACAGCUGCAUUCGCCGGAAUAAGCAGGAUCGACACAAUCACACCCAACCAAUUUGAAGCUAGCGAUGGCCUCCAAGCCUGGGCCUUUCACUCGCUGGCCGUGGCAUGACCUUGGAAACUACAAGUAUGUGCUGCUGGCGCCAUGGGCGGCGCGCAGCACGUACAAGUUCGUGACGGCGAGGAGCGAGGAGAGGGACCUCCUCAGCUUCAUGGUGCUUCCCGUCGUGCUGAUGCGGCUGCUCUACAGCCAGCUCUGGAUCACCGUGUCCCGCCACCAGACCGCCAGGAGCAAGCACAAGAUCGUCCACAAGAGCCUCGACUUCGAGCAGGUCGACAGAGAAAGGAACUGGGAUGACCAGAUCAUCCUGACGGCGCUGAUAUUCUACGCGGUGAACGCGACGGUGCAGCAGGCGCAGGGGGUGCCGUGGUGGAGCUCGAGGGGGCUGGUGAUGACGGCGGCGCUGCACGUGGGGCCGGUGGAGUUCCUCUACUACUGGCUGCACAGGGCGCUGCACCACCACUGGCUGUACGCGCGGUACCACUCGCACCACCACGCCUCCAUCGUCACCGAGCCCAUCACCUCCGUCAUCCACCCCUUCGCCGAGGAGGCCGUCUACUUCGUCCUCUUCGCCAUCCCCAUCCUCACCACCGUCGCCACCGGCACCGCCUCCGUCCUCACCGCCAACGGCUACCUCGUCUACAUCGACUUCAUGAACUACCUCGGCCACUGCAACUUCGAGCUCGUCCCCAAGCUCCUCUUCGACGUCUUCCCCCCUCUCAAAUACCUCCUCUACACUCCAUCGUUUCAUUCGCUGCAUCACACGCAGUUCAGGACGAACUACUCGCUGUUCAUGCCGAUGUACGACUACAUUUACGGGACGAUGGACAAGUCGAGCGACGACCUGUACGAGAGGACGCUGCAGGGGAGGGAGCAGCAGCAGGCGGCGCGGCCGGACGUGGUGCACCUCACGCACCUCACCGCGCCGGAGUCGCUCUUCCACCUCCGCCUCGGCUUCGCCUCCGUCGCCUCCGCGCCUCUCGGCGCCGCCUCCGCCGGCCGCCUCGCCAUCCGCGCCGCCUCGUCGCUCGCCUCGCCGCUCCUCUCCCUCUUCGCCUCCACCUUCCGCUCCGAGGCCAACCGCCUCGACAAGCUCAACAUCGAGACCUGGGUCAUCCCAAGGUUCACCUCCCAUUAUACGUCGAAGAGUGAUGGGCACGCGGUCAGCCGUUUGAUAGAGAAGGCGGUGUCAGACGCAGAAGCAAGUGGCGCGAGGGUCCUCACGCUCGGCCUCCUGAACCAGGGGUACGAUCUGAACAGAAACGGGGAGCUAUAUGUCACCAGGAAGCCCAACCUCAAGACAAAGAUCGUCGAUGGAACCAGCCUCGCUGUUGCCGCCGUCCUCAACAUGAUCCCUCAUGGCACCAGCGACGUGCUCCUGCUGGGAAACGCAAACAAGAUCUCUCUCGUCCUUACCCUGUCCCUCUGCAAGAGAGAGACACAGGUGAGGGUGGUAAACAAGGAGCUGUAUGAAUGCCUGAAGCAGCAGGUGCAGCCUGAAAUGCAGAAGCAUCUGGUUUUGUCUCACAGUUACAGCAGCAAGGUGUGGCUCGUCGGCGACGGGCUGACGGACGAGGAGCAGAUGAAAGCCCAGGAAGGCGUCCAUUUCGUGCCAUACUCGCAGUUCCCUCCCAACAAGGCCCGCAAAGACUGCAUCUACCACUGCACCCCGGCGCUGCUCGUCCCUGAAUCCUUCGAAAACCUUCACGUUUGCGAGAACUGGCUGCCGAGGAGGGUGAUGAGCGCGUGGCGGGCGGCGGGGAUCGUGCACGCGCUGGAGAGGUGGGACGCGCACGAGUGCGGCGGCAGGGUCACCGGCGUCCAGAAGGCCUGGAGCGCCGCGCUGGAGCGCGGGUUCCGGCCAUACGACCACCACCAGCCCACCGGGAACGCCACCGCUGCGGCGUAGCACGGUGGUGCACAGGACACAAGAACUGGAAGGAAACUGGAUCAAGAUUCAAGCAGCGUCAGCCUGGCUGCCUGGCGUGUGUGUGGUGGUGUAUCUCUUCAGUGGUCUUGAUGAUCCAAAUUAAUUAAAUGUCCAGCGGUGAAAUCCCAAGCUGUACUAUUCUGUUCCCUCUGCCGGUGUAAUCAUCUAUUGUUUGAGCAUAAAUCAAAGAUCAUGAUUUGGAGAUAAUAUACUUCUAUUCUGCUGCUGUAUUACUCCCUC